CUGAAGAAGUACACGUAGCAGCUGCUUCUUGCAGGUCGUCUCGCAAACUUCUGAAGACAAAGAAAGCCAGCCUCGUUUACUGCCGCCGGCGCCACAUUUAUAGUUAUCUAUAUUGUCACUGCAUUAAUAAACAACACAUUGUAGAAGCUCUAGCCGCGCCGCCGACAUCUCUGGAAGAGAAUGCGCCGCAAGAAGCAUAAGCAGACCCGCCGAGCCACAAACUACUACCGCAUCAACUAUGGCUUCCACGAGCCAUACAAGGUGCUGCUGGACGGGAACUUCAUCCACGCAACCCGCGCCUUGAACCUGAGCGAGCUGGACACGCACCUGCCCCGACUGCUGGGCGGCACCUGCAAGCUGUACACCACAAAGUGUGUGACAAAGGAGCUGCGCGCGCUUGGCAAGGACUACGCCGGCUCGGCCGCCGCCGCGCGCCAGUUCAUGCUACACAAGUGCCCGCACUGCGGCGGCGGCGGCGAGGCGGCAGGGGGGCAGGGGAAAGGCGGGAAGCGGGGCGCUGAGGGAGAGGGCGCGGAGGAGGAUGAGGAGGAGCAGGAGGAGGGCGGGGAGGAGGGCGCCGGCGGCGGGAAGAAGGGCAGCGGCAAGCAGCCCGUCCCGGCCGCGGAGUGCAUCCGAGCGUGCAUAGGCGCUCGCAACGAGGGGCACUGGUUCGUGGCCACGCAGGACUCGGCGCUGCGGAGGGCGCUGGGCAAGAUCCCCGGCUGCCCGCUGGUGUUCUGCACGGUCAACGGCGUACACCUCGAGACGCCGUCCGAGGUGACCAAGCAGAAGGCGGCGGAGGCCGAGGCAGCCACGCAAAAGGUGUCCAAACACGAGGCGGCAGCCCAGCCGCUGCUGCGGCCCGAGCAGCUGGCGGAGUUACGGAAGGAGGCGGCGGCGGCGGCGGCGCGGGCGCGGGCGGGCGCCGCAGGGGGGGCGGGUGGCAGUGGCGGCGGCGGCGGGGCGGCGGGGGGGCUGGGCACCAGCGCCCGGUUCCGGCGGAACAAGGCCAAGGGACCCAACCCGCUCGCCAUGAAGAAAAAAGCCAAGGGGGACGCCAAACCCAAGAUGCCGUCAGGCGCGGCGCUGGUGGCGGCGGCGAAGGCGGCGGCAACCGCGGCGGCGCCGCCACGUGCCAAGCCGGCGGCCGCCAGUUCCGAUGGCGGCGGCGGCGCGGGGGCAAUGGCGCGGAAACGGAAACGUGCCAAGGGUGGGCCGGGCGGAGGCGGUGGGGGUGAUGAGUGAAGAGGUAGCGGGUCUGGACACGCGGGAACAUGGGGGAAUGCUUGAGGUCUGGUCACUGGUAUUCGGGUACGGACACAGGCCGGCGGGAGGUGCGUGGGCGGAUGCAGCGGCUGCUUGGAAGUGCGAAACGGCGGAGAAACACUGGUGGAAGGCUGGUGCAUUGGCACUUGUCAGUGUGCCCUGUGAGGUGCGGCUCAAAGUGUAGGUCCUAGCAAGCAAGCAGUGGACGGAAGCAGGCGGCGGGGUGACGGCGGCAGUGGCGGCGUGGUGUCAAUCCCGUGGAGCAUGUGGAUGGGCUGUGCCGCUGUGGCCCCCUCUGUGACAGCUUGCAGUUGUUUUGGGGUGGGGUCUCCAACUCUCCAUGCAAGCACGCAGGAGGAUCAGGAGGCGGGCCCCGGGGAACAACCCCAGUGACAGACAGCACCGGUGGCAAUGACGUCUACCCAUGCCUUU